UUAGCUGGUCCACACAGGAUCUUAUACGGUGGCGACUCGAGCCUUUGAGCGAGCAAGCAUCCCAUUUGUGGCGAGCACACAUACUUCGUCUUCUCGCUCGGCAGAGAGAUAUGAGAGAUACAGAGUGCUGCCGGAGAUAUAAUAGACAAAAGCAGGUCUUAGCUAGAUACCUCACAACACGAGGCUCUGCUCGGCGUGUCAAGUGGGAGAUGCUCGUGCUGCUUGCACUAUUGCUUCUUUGCCGUGGAAUCGGCAGCACCCAUGGCUCACCGGACGACCACGCCGGCGACGGCGACAUGAUGUCGCUGCUGGAUUUCAAGAGGGCCAUCACCAGCGACCCAAAGCGAGCUCUAGCCUCAUGGAACACAAGCAACCCCCUGUGCAGGUGGGCGGGGGUCACGUGCGGCCGGGCGCACCGGGGGCGUGUGAUCACAUCGCUGGAACUCGCAGGCCAGGGCCUCGAAGAUAACCCGGCCAUGUUAUUUGACGGGCCAAGCCAGCAGCCAUGCAUCAGCAUCUAUUCAUCCACGGUCAACUCAAUCGCUUGGAUCUUAGCUCCAAUAAUCUCUGAGGUCUCAUACCUUAAGAAGCCAUUACAGUAUGUCCUUAGUAUUGACCUGUGUCAUCGUAGUGUGGUUUUGAAGCCCCAAUGCACAAAGAUGACAAGUUUCUUCUAGAGAUUGCACCAUGCUUGCCUGCUUGGUGAACUUGAAGCAAACCUUCCAAAAGAAAAUACAAUAUUUACUUGUCAGCGGAGUUGUCUAAUGUAAAUAUUGCAGAAUCCCUGGUACACUUUCCAGUGAUAUGUUAAAACAACUGACGAAAAAAUUCUUUUCUUUUUGUUAUUUGCAUAAACCUGUCCUCCCAGAAACACUCAAGUGCUAUAUUAUACUGCAUUACGCAAAUCAGAACACCUGCAGCACUGCAAAGAAAUCUGUUUUGCCUUUGAAGGUCGAAACUGUAUACACAUAUAUAAUUUUCGAGUUCCAAUCCAUUUUUUCAAAGAAAAUAAGAUGAUGUAUAGCAAGCUUCUGAUAACCAUGAUGCUGUACAAACAAUUGCAACUAGCGCAUGUAUCGUGGCAACUUUAAUCAAAAGAAAAAUAGAGAAAUCUCCCAUGCUACA